AUGGCUUGCCACAAGUUUGCCUCCAACGUCUGUGAGAAGGCGAUGAUCUUUGGUGACUCAGAUGGUCGCAAGGCGAUAAUCGAAGAACUGAUGGGACCGGCUUUGCGACCUGAUGGCCUGACACCAAUCGGGUUGCUCAUGAAGGAUCAAUACGGCAAUUAUGUUCUCCAGCGAGCGCUUGCAGUAGCGGAAGGCGAGCAGAAAGAGGCUCUCACCAAUGCUAUUCGUCCCCAACUGGCCACUAUGCGCAAAACAUGCUGCUUACAGCAAACAUCUUGCCUCUAUCGAACGGGAAUUGCGGAAACACGCGCCCAAGCCCGAUUGUGCAGAUGCUUUUACCCGUCAUCUGGGCCCUGGCUCUUUUUUCUGCUCGUGCUCGCUGUCAUCAAGCGUCCUUUCUACGAGAAGGACUACAAGAGCACUUCGGCUCUUAAUCGACAUCUUUCCAACUGCUCUUCGAAAGCCCAAGGCCAGCAAGAGAAUGUGCGGGCUGUCGUUGCCCAUGACGCGGAUUUGGCAGCUAUUCGGGAAGCAGAAGAGGCUGCUCAAGCCCAGAUACAAGCUCAAUGUGCGUGGCCGUUUUCGCUGUGGCCAAUUAACCGCAGGCCAUAUUUCGAGCGAGGCGGUGCGCUGGAUUCGCAGACGGGAGACCAGACAUUUACGGAUCGACUUUAUGGCGAAGAGGCGGGGCAAGAACUGUCUCAGCUGGAGAUUGAGCAACUCCAAGAAAACAGCGUCAAGAUGAACGCGCUCCUCUCGAUCUGCGUGGAGAGUUGGAGCGUUACCAGGCGCGGCUAA